UAAGGAAGCCCUUAACAAAAAUAAAAAUAAAAAGCUGCAGCAAAUAAAGAAACCGGGACGCACUCAACACUCAACAGUCAAAACUCUAUCUCUACAUUUUUUCCUUCCCUCUCUUUCUCUCUCUCGACUCCCGGCGUUAUCACCACCACCCCCACCACGGCAGAUGGCGGGGCAACACAGCUGCUGCUCAUGCUGCUUCAGCUUCAUAAUAACCAUGGGCCUCACCGCCCUCUUCUUCUGGCUCUCCCUCCGUGUUGACCAACCAAAAUUCUAUCUCGAAUCAAUUUACGUUCCUGCCCUCAACAGAUCCCUUCCGUCAACAACAAAAAACGACACCGUUUUAUUCAAAAUAAAGUUCACGAACCCUAACAAAGACAAAGGGAUCAAAUACGACGCCGUUCGGGUCAACAUCUCCGUCUUCCUCUCCCAAAAUACCACGCGCCUACUCUCCAACUCCACCGCCGUCGCUCCUUUCUACCAGGGCCGCCAGAAGAAGGCGCAUAAGCCUAGCUCUGCCUCCUUCGUCGGAAACCUUGCGCCGGCGGCGGGGAUGGACGGGAAGGUGUAUUUCCGGGUGGAUUUUGCGACCGCGGUGAAGUACAAGAUCUUGUUUUGGUACACGAAGCGACACGGUAUGUGGGGAGGGGCAAAUGUGGAAAUUAACAAUGGGGGUGUGAAGGUGUAUCCGAAACCGGUGAGGCUUGGCAACGAGCCACCGAGGAUCGUGAACGGCGCACCGGAGUUCCGUGGAGGCUAUCGUGCGCUUCUUCCGCUAUUCCUAGUUGCGUGGAUAAUGCGCACUCAUUGACUUGACUUGACUUGACUUCACUAGUCUGUAUUUUUAUUGGAGGAAUUUUUAUUGUCCCUGAUUCGGAUUCUCCAUCUCAAAUUUCAGAAACCAUUCCUUUACCACAGAGAACUUCCACUCUAUCCAAUCAUGCUAAACUUCAAACUUCUCCGGGUUUGGGAUCUGAAGAUCUGGGUAUGUUUACUGAAUCUACAAAUGCUGACCUAGUUACAUUGGUCACCAUCCUGAAUCAAGCUGUUUAGGAGGAUAAAGUGCUCAUUUCUAUUCCUGCACUUAUAGGUCCUUCUACAUCCAACCUCCCAUUCGAAUUAAAUGUUAAUGCGUGAGAACAACUUUUGUCACUUCUCAAGCUCCUGGACCAUCUACCCAUUGAAUGGACGAAUGAUGUAGCCCUGAACUCGCUUCUGUCUGAUGUCUUAAGUUCAUCUUUUGAACUUCAGGUUCCAUCCCAAUACUCUGCUAUAGUCAACCACUUCAUAAAAGUUGCCAACAGAAGUGCAACUACCCAAGAAAAGCUACAAGAGAUCAAAGACAAAGUAGCUAAGAUCAGAUAUGAAUCAGAAAGCUAUACUGCAGCUCUCCAGCCAAUUAAAGCUUCCCGUGAGGAAUUAGACUUAAGAAUCUCUCAGGCCUUUUCCGCUCAAGCUCAUUAUGAUAAAGAAGAAAGAGAACUUGAAGUAGAAUUGGCCAAAGUUAAUGAGAGACUUGCCAAAAUCUGAAAGAGGAAAGCUGAUAUAGCUACACCUCUAGCCGCUGUCCAGCAUGAACAAGAAAAACUUGUGCAAGAAAUCUGUUCUAUUGAGGCCAAACAAUGAAGAAUCUGAGAAGCAAAUUGAUAAGGCCCAACAUGAAGAAUAUAAGCAAGUCGAAACACUUUCAGCUCUGGACCGUAAAAGGGUUAAAUUACAUGCAAACUUAGCAGAGCUUAUGGCACCUUACAUUUCUUCACCUUAAAAUUCAAUAUUUGUGAAUCUCUUCACCUUAAAAUUCAAUAUUUGUGAUGAUUCAGUACUUGUAAUGACUUUCUCUUUUUACCU